CCCGGAACUGCUCUAAUAGGAACCAGCCGACUGAGCUCCGGGAGGGCUGCGGGCCGGGUGUUGGGUUCCGCCAGACCUCAGUGGGACCUCAGCGGCGCGCGCCCUGCUGAGGGCGUAGGGGGUGAGGUGGUGAUGGGUGUGGGGGGGACAAACCUGACCUCCCCCAUCUGGGCUUGCCCCCACCCCCCACCCCCAAGGCCCGGGAUCCAGCCCUCCCCUGCCCAGCCCUGGUAGAAUUCGGCGUGUGCUCGUGUUUUCCCAGGGAGGGCGGACUCGGGGCUCCCCAGCUCCCAUCAUCGGGAGUCCCCCAAGACUCCAGACUCUUAUGUCCACUUCUUCCUCGCCCUGGGCUCUGGGGACAGGGACAGCUGGAAGAGCAGGAGACAGAACCCAGCCUAGACUGCUAGGAGGGUCUCACGUGGAACACGUGGAAGCGGUCCCCAAGCCGGGACCAGAAUAGCAUCUCAGUUCUGUUCCCAAAGGACGACCAGGGCGUCUUGGGGUGGGGGUUGGCGCGCGGCCGGAGAAGUGGGAGGGGACAGGUUGGGGGGUGGUCUCUGAGGAGGAGCCAGGCUGGACUGUAUUGUUCCGCGCUCCGCUUCUCGGGUUCUUCUGCCCGCUUCAGACCCGGUGGGCGCACCCCGAGGCAGAGGCGGCCCCCCUGCGCCCCGAGACGGUUCAGAGGAGGGGAGGGCUCACCUGGAGCUCUGCGUCGGAGCCGCGCGAGCGGGGGAUACCGGUGAAGAGUCAGAGUCCCUGUUGUUCCCCGCCGCACCGCGAGCCUUUGCAGGAGCGGGGCACCAGGUCCCCCCUGCGAUGGCCGCUGUCCGUCUGGGCCCCGCCAGGACCACGUGCGGACGCUGGAGCACCGCUCUCUAGCCGGCCACAGCGCCUCUUUACCCCCCGCCUGGCGAUGGGGAGCAGCGGGUCGGCGUUGAGGGUCUGUGCGGACCACCGCGGGGGCAUCAACUGGCUGAGUCUGAGCCCCGACGGGCAGCGCCUGCUGACGGGCAGCGAGGACGGCACGGCCCGCCUCUGGAGCACCGCGGACGGCCAGUGCUGCGCGCUCCUGCAAGGUCAUGAGAGCUAUGUGACCUUCUGCCAGCUGGAGGACGAAGCUGCCUUCACCUGCAGCGCCGACUGCACCAUCCGGAAGUGGGACGUUAGGACCGGGCAGUGUCUGCAGGUGUACCGAGGGCACACGUCCAUCGUGAACAGGAUCCUGGUUACAGAGGACCAGCUCUUCAGCAGUUCCUAUGACCGGACGGCACGUGCCUGGACGGUGGACAAAGGGCAAGUGUCCAAGGAGUUCCGGGGUCACCGCAACUGCGUGCUGGCACUAGCCUACUCGGCCCCCAAGGACCUGCCCAGUGACCCCUGCUUGGAGGCCGCCAUGGGCGCCGGGCUCCUAGUGACCGGCAGCACAGACGACACAGCCAAGGUGUGGCAGGUGGCCAGCGGCUGCUGCCACCAGACCCUUCGGGGCCACACGGGUGCGGUGCUGUGCCUGGUGCUGGAUGUCUCCAGCCACACGGCCUUCACAGGUAGCACGGAUGCCACCGUCCGUGCUUGGGACAUCCUGAGUGGGGAGCAGCUGCGGGUGUUCCGGGAGCACCAGGGCUCUGUCAUCUGUCUGGAGCUCACAGAGCGGCUCCUGUACUCGGGCAGCGCGGACCGGACUGUUAAGUGCUGGCUGGCGGACACUGGAGAGAGGGUGCGCACGUUCCCGGCCCACAGACACAGCGUGAGUGCCCUCAAGUACCACGCAGGCACCUUGUUCACGGGCAGUGGGGACGCCCGCGCCCGCGCCUUUGACGCCCAGUCAGGAGUGCUGCAGAGGGUGUUCCGAGGCCACAGCUUUGUCAUCAACUGCCUCCAGGUACAUGGUCAGGUGCUCUACACAGCAUCUCAUGACGGUGCUCUGCGCCUCUGGGACGUGCGUGGCCUCCAGUCAGUGCCGCCUUUGCCUCGAAGGCCAGCAGCCAAACGCAGCCUGUCACGCCUCUUUAGCAACAAGGUGGCCUGUGCGGCCCCGGUGCCCUUGCAGCCAGCCUGAGUCCCUGGAGAGGAGAUGGUGGAAACCCGUGGCCUGGCUCGUCUGUCAGUGUUCUUGGCUUCCCCAAGCACUGUGCGACUGCAGUGGCCUGCGG